CGGCAGAGGAGCCAAGGGAGUCAAAGGAAAAUCAAAAAAAUCCGGAAAAAUACCCAAUUGAUCUCAAUAAAUUGUUGUGACUUGUGUCCAGUAGAUCUUGCAGUCGUAGAGGAGAUAGAAAUUCAUUGAGAAAUCUCUCAGAUCAUCUUCAUAAAAGCAGAACGAAUCCGGUUAUAAAUACAUUUUAUUUUUCGACAUCGGCAUCAACAAACGACACUUUUUGAGAUGGAUAACGUCGCAAGUGCUUGCAAUAAUGUCAUAAAGCUACGUGGAUUGCCGUGGAACGUCACGAACCAAGAUAUCCUGGAUUUUCUGAAGGAUAUCGAGGUGAAAGGCGGCGAGGAGGGCAUCCAUUUGAUUACAUCACCAAAAGACGGACGUCCGAAUGGCGAAGCUUUUGUCGAGUGCGCCAACGAAAAGGACUUUGAUGAAGCAUUCAACUUCAACAAGAAAGUCAUGGGACACCGAUACAUCGAGAUUUUUGCUGCCAAACCCGACGAAUUUGAAUUUACAAUGCGCAAACAGAACAUUGUAACCUCCGAUACGUUCGUGAAGCUACGUGGAUUGCCAUACACCUGUACGGUGUCCGAUAUCGAGCGCUUUUUCGAAGGGUUGGAGCUAAAAAAUGGUCGUGACAGUAUUAUAAUAAUGAUGGACAACAGGGGGCGAACAUCUGGGGAGGCUUUUGUUCAAUUUAGCUCAGCAGAAGAAACUGAGAAGGCAUUGAAGAAAAAUCGGGAAAAAAUUGGGCACAGGUACAUUGAGAUAUUCCGGAGUACUGGUGCCGAGGUGAGACGAGUUCGUUUGAACAAUCUGAUGCGCAUGGAACGAGAUAUUCCGAGUUUAUUUGAUCGUGGAGGUCCACGAGGCGGUUCAGGACGAAAUUCGCGCAAUAUUAGAGAUCGUCCGUAUGACAUGCCCUGGGGAAUGCGUGGCCGUGACUUUGACGAUUUCGGUCCGCCAGCCGGAUUUGGUAACGGCGGAAAUGGCGGUGGUUUUGGCAAUGGUGGCGGAAACGGCGGAUUUGCCGAUGAUUUUCCACGCGGAGCUGGUGGUUUUGGCGGAAAUGGCGGCGGAGGACGUGGCGGUCCGUUCUCCGAUGAAGUCUUCCAAGUGCAUUUGCGUGGCAUGCCCUUUACGUGCAUGGAAAAGGACGUUUACGAGUUCUUCUAUCCCCUCAAGCCGCUCGGAUGUGACAUCAUUUACAACAACAGAGGACGCCAUAGUGGCGAAGCGGAUGCCUUCUUUGGAUCGCAUGACGAGGCGAUGCUUGCCAUGAAGAAGGACAAGGCAAAGAUGGGUUCGCGCUACAUUGAAUUAUUCUACAAUGGAAAAGACAACAAGGGCAGAAAUAUGGGGGGAAAUCCACGUGGACGUUUUUAAACAAAAUGCAUUUCUCUUGACAAUUUUUACACUCAAUUACAUAUUUUUUAACGGAUAAGCUUCUUUCAUCGACAAAUCUCUAUAACCAGUAAUAUUUAAAUAUCAGCAAUAGGAUUGGGUUUGCUUUCACAAUAUUUUACUUCAUAAAGCAUACAUAUUUUAUAUUUAAUACCUGUACGACACAAAAAAGUAGUUGCUAAUGAAUCCGGCCAUCUAGGGCUAUUUUACGAUAGUCGUUUAAUAUUAUUUUUAAAAUAAAAAAAAAAUAGAAUGUAAGGUGUGAAACUGAAAAUAUUCGAAUGAAACGCAAAUCAAUUACAGAUUGGAAAUUUAUGAAGAUAACAAUUGGAAAUAUUAAUUAAUAAA